AUGUCGCGUGCGGCCGCUAGAAUUCUCCUCACGCCGUCGCGGCUCUCACUCCCUCUCCCUCUCCUCCCGAAGGGGCGGCGGCGGCGGCGGCCACCGAGCAGCGGCGCGACGAGGGCAUCGUCCGCCAUGGCGGCGGCGGCGGGGCUAGGUGGCGGCGAGGCGUUCCGGCUGUCGGCGGGUGCGGGAGCGGGGGCGCUCAAGCUGCACAAGGGCGACAUCACCCUCUGGUCCGUCGACGGCGCCACCGACGCCAUCGUUAAUGCUGCUAAUGAACGAAUGUUAGGAGGUGGAGGUGUUGAUGGAGCUAUACAUCGAGCUGCUGGACCAGAACUUGUGGAGGCAUGCCGUAAAGUUCCAGAGGUCAAACCUGGAGUUCGCUGCCCCACUGGAGAAGCUAGAAUUACUCCAGCUUUCAAGCUUCCUGUUUCCCGUGUCAUACACACUGUUGGGCCCAUAUAUGACAUGGACAGACAGCCUGAGGUCUCCUUAAAGAAUGCCUACGCGAAUAGCUUGAAGCUUGCUAAAGAGAGUGGCAUUCAAUACAUUGCAUUCCCUGCAAUUUCUUGUGGUGUUUUUCGUUAUCCUCCAAAGGAAGCAUCACAAAUUGCUGUUUCAACUGCACAACAAUUUUCAAAUGAUAUUAAAGAGGUGCACUUUGUUCUGUUUUCAGAUGAGCUCUAUGAUAUCUGGCGUGAGACUGCCAAGGAACUGCUGUUACAAUUUGAGAAAUGAAUGGUCAUGGAGUUUGCUGCCUAAUGUAACUCUAAGCGCUGUAGUUGAGUACUACAGUCGGUGGACCAUGAUAAAGCCUGACGAUGUAUGACAAUAUGAGUUGCUCAAGCAGUGAAUGGAUAUGCCUUGAACGGCGUAUUUUACAGAAUAAAGAUUUCAUCCCGGAAUUAAGCUAAUUAAUAUGCUUCUACUCCAAAACCAAUAACCGUGUCUUAUGUCUGUUACAGUGUUGCAUUUAACCUGGGUAGUGUUUUAAACUGUUGAGAUAUUCAGAAAAAGAAAGAAAGACAUUGUAA